CUUCUUCUGCGUCUGUCAGUGUGACCGGGCGUAAUGACGACAGAGGUCGGAACAGAGACUGAUGUGAAGAAGGAACCAGAGAAGGUUCAAGAAGAUCAGCAGCAAACGGACCAGCCUGAUCAAACAUCUGACGGCGACGCCCCGGCGAAUACCGAGGAACAUCAGCAGGGGAGCCAAAGCGCAGAGGCCCCGACCGAACAGGAAGAAUCUCCUGAACCCAGGAGCCCGACUCCAGCCGGUGAGCAGAAGAAAGAGAAGGGAAUCUCUCGCUUUCUGCCUCCAUGGCUUAAACGACAGAAAUCACAGAGUCAGGAGAAAGAAAGUGAGAGUGCUGCAGCGGACGUGAAAGACGGGGAACAGGAGGAGAAAGGGACCAAAGAGAAGAGCGAAGACCAGCCGGCGGAGGUGAAGGAGGUGACGGGAGAAAAGAGCAAGACAGAGGAGGUGCAGGUGGAGGAGAAGGAUCGCGAGGAGCAGAAGUCUGUCGGCAGUGCAGACACACAGCCUGUUAGAGAGGAGACGGAGGGAGAACCGGACGAGAAUCACAAGCAGCAGGUGAACGCACGGGAGACUCCAUCCAAACUCACCAAGAAGAUGAAGAUGGUGGUGUGUCACGUCACCUUACUGGACGGAAGCCAGUUCACCUGUGACGUGGAGAAACGGGCUAAAGGACAGUACCUGUUUUUUGAAGUCUGUAAGCAUCUGAAUCUGAUGGAGAAAGAUUAUUUCAGUCUGAGCUUUAAAGACAGUGCUGAUCAGAGGUGCUGGCUGGACCCAACAAAGGAGAUUAAACGACAGAUCCGCAACUCUCAAUGGCAGUUUGCCUUCAGUGUGAAGUUUUACCCACCCGACCCAUCCCUACUGACUGAAGACAUAACCAGGUACCUUCUGUGUCUUCAGCUCAGACAGGACAUUGCAUCAGGACGGUUACCCUGUUCUUUUGUCACGCAUGCUCUUCUGGGCUCAUACGCCCUACAGGCUGAACUGGGCGACUAUGACACAGAAGAACAACGAGUGGACUACAUCGCCGACUUCCAGUUCGCUCCAAACCAGACCAAGGAGCUUGAGGAGAAAGUGGUGGAGCUUCACAAAUCCCACAGGGGUAUGACUCCAGCUCAAGCUGAUAUUCAGUUUCUGGAAAAUGCUAAGAAGCUCUCCAUGUACGGUGUAGACCUGCAUCACGCCAAGGAUUCUGAUGGGGUGGACAUCAUGUUGGGUGUUUGUGCAAACGGCUUGUUGAUCUAUAAGGAUCGACUGAGGAUAAAUCGCUUUGCUUGGCCCAAAAUCCUCAAGAUCUCCUAUAAACGCAGCAACUUCUACAUCAAGAUCAGACCUGGAGAGACGGAGCAGUUUGAGAGCUCUGUUGGAUUCAAGCUGCCCAACCAUCGUGCUGCCAAAAGAGUUUGGAAAGUCUGCGUUGAGCACCACACCUUCUUCAGGUUGACGUCCCCUGAGCAGCCCACCAAGACCAAGUUCUUGACUUUGGGUUCUAAGUUUCGCUACAGCGGGCGAACGCAGGCGCAGACGCGACAGGCCAGUACCCUGAUUGAUCGUCCUGCACCGUACUUCGAGCGCACUUCCAGCAAACGCAUCUCUCGCAGUCUCGACGGAGCUCCUGUUGUAAAUGUUGCUGGUGGAGAUUCGAUGGGUGUUGGUGAGAACGGUCCGACUCUAGAGCUCAACUCUGAUAAUAAGGUGGUUGAUGUGGAGAAGCCCAGCGUGGAUGUGGACACAUCUGUCUCUGAGCAGACUGCGACACACGUGGCUGAUUCUGCCGUGAUAAAGAGCAAGUUGAGAGUGCAGGGAGAAAAUAUUUAUGUCAGACAUAGCAAUUUAAUGUUGGAGGACUUGGAUAAAACCCAGGAGGAUGUGUUGAAACAUCAGGCUAGCAUUAGCGAGCUAAAGCGCAGCUUUAUGGAGGCUACGCCUGAGCCCAGGCCCAGUCAAUGGGAGAAACGGCUAACAGGCAGCCCUGCCACCACACUUCGCCUGCAGGUUUCAGGGAGUUUGGAGGAGGAGUUAACCUCUCUCUUUUUGAGUAAGGCCUGUUUCUCUGGUCUGACUCUAUCCUGCAGUACCACUGCUGCUCCAGUAGAGGGCAGUAAACUCUCAGCUUUACCUGAGGAUCCACAGAAAACCUCUCCCCAUCCUGAGAAUGACAGCAGAGAUGGCAGCAAGAGUUCAGAGGUCAUACCUGAUGUUAACGGCCAGAUGGAGGUUGUAGAGGUCCUGGAGGAGACCGUUGUCAUCGAAGAAGUCGUCAAAGCCAGACCCAAAAGUCCAGCUCCCGAUGUUACUACAGAAAGCGGUACAGCUCCGGAGGUCAAAGAGGAGCAGAGUUUAUCAUCUGACAGCGAGAGCGAGGACGAGGCGGAGUACCACGGUCAGACGCCCAGUGCGAGCUUUUGUGUUCAGCAAAUCAAAGAAGAACCAGAGGAAGAGGAGGCGGAGCUUAAUCAACAAGCCCUGCCUCUUGAUGCAGAGCCACAGCCAAUCAGAGAACCCGAAUCCUCCGCCAAAGAGGAAGAGUCGUCGUCAGCACAGCCCGAUGAGGACAUAUCAACAGAAGAGGUAUCGAUGACACCAGACGAAGCUCCAAACGGACACGUCCUCGACACGGAAGACUUGCCCGCUACCGAAGGGGAGGAGCCUCACAUCGUCAACGGCAACGUCUCUCGAGUGGAAACGGAGCGCUUGCCUCAGGUUAUUUGUUGUUCGGAGCCUCCGGUUGUCAAGACCGAGAUGGUGACGAUUUCAGACACAUUUGCUGCUCAGAAGACGGAGAUUUCCACUAAGGAAGUUCCCAUCGUUCACACUGAAACCAAGACCAUCACAUACGAGGCUGCUCAGUUGGAUGGAAAUGGAGACGGGGAGCCCGGUGUACUGAUGACCGCACAAACCAUCACCUCUGAAUCACUCUGCACAACCACAACCACACACAUCACUAAGACGCUGAAGGGAGGACUGUCAGAAACUCGCAUUGAGAAACGCAUCGUCAUUACAGGAGAUUCUGACAUUGACCAUGAUCAGGCAUUGGCCCAGGCUAUAAAGGAGGCUAAAGAACAGCAUCCUGACAUGUCUGUCACUCGUGUGGUCGUCCACAAAGAGACUGAACUGGCUGAAGAUGAAGACUAAAGGACAGAGCUGAAGUCUGAAGCGUUCAUCUGCGGGUCAUCUGCUGGGUCGUUCCGAUCUUCUGAUCCUUCGUCAAAACAACUUCUUUUUCUAUCAUUCACAACCACUUGGCUAACAUUUGUAGCAUUUUAUUUUUUAAGUGUUUGUUUUAUCUUUGUCUUUACCAGUUAUGAAGACCAGAUUUUUAUUGUAUAAACUUAAUAGUCCUUCACAUUCCUAGUUUGAGGAGAAUCACGGAUGGCUUUUUAAAAUGGAAUCAUGCAUUUCGUCGUAUGUUACGUUGGGAGUGUUUUUAAUAUGAGGCCAGUGAGCGUCCAUAUAGAAACGUUUUUUAGGGGCGGGAGUAAAGAUUCAUUUUCAUGAUGUCAUAAUGUAAGGGACCAGCACAGGACAAAUGGCGCUGUGUGAGUUUUCAUUGGUGGAGAGCAGUGCCAAUCAUUCCUCUAUGCAGUCAAACAUUCCACCGAGGGGGAGGAGCUCCAGAAACUCUAACUACAACCUCAGAACAAACAGAUGAAACCUCGGCAGCUCUUUCAAAACUUACAUUUCCACCAGUAAUCUGAUAUAUAUUUGUAGAAAACCUGUUUUUAUUCAUAUCUUUGUCCUUUAUCUCUAAACUCAUGAUAUAGAUGAGGUCAGAGUUUGUUUAUUAAAUGUUUUUAAAGUAAUUCAUUGGAUGAAAUGAACGAACGGCUGCAGUGAUUGGCUGUCCUGUGCUGAUUCUCCUCUGACUGUCGUCUGAUGCUUCUGCUCGGCUUACCUUCAUCAUGUCUGCAGCUCAGUUCAGCUUAAGCAGAUUUGGUUGAUAUGUAAUGUUUUUAUGGCCCUCACCCUAUUGUGUAACACUCUUCAAAUAAAAUUUUGUUUAUUAUCUAA